GGAACUCCAAAAAGGAUCAGCUAUGAUCUUAAAGCUGGAAUUUUUCACAUUAUGACAGUUUCUCUUCAACAAUUGAAAUCUUUCAGUGACAUAUGGGAACGACUUGGCGAGAUCUCAAUGGAGCGGAUUUGUGCGCAUGAAAUUGUACAGAAGACUCGCGAAGCAGCCCGUGCAUGGCGAAUACUACUUGCGUGUAUUAUCGAUGAAUUCCGAAGUGGUUUUGAUGGUGAGGCUCGCUACCACAGGUAA